AUGCUCGAUCAGGAAGGACGCUACAACGUAUCAAAGUUGGAUGUGAUGAGCGAGGAAAUUUGGGAUUUCCACAACAGCGUCGCGCAGACUGACACGACGCUCAACCGCAAGCUCUACCUGCGCGAUUUGUUGUACUACGCGAUUUGCCCGAUUUUCCCAUUAUGCGGCCUGUACGUUGUCGGCUCGUCACUGAAUGGAUUUGGCAACAACUCUUCGGACAUGGACAUAUGCCUUAUGGUGACCAACCAGGAGCUUGACCAACGCCAUGAUGCCAUCGUCAUUUUGAACAUGGUCUUCCAAACGCUGUGUAAGGUGGAAUGGGUCAAUGCCCAGACGUUGAUUUCUGCCAAGGUUCCGAUCCUGCGGAUCACGUUCACGGCGCCCUAUUCCGAUAUUGUCGUUGACCUGAAUGUGAACAAUUCGGUGGCCAUCAGGAAUACACACUUGCUCUGCUACUACUCAAGCUUCGAUUGGCGCGUCCGGCCACUCGUCUCGAUGGUAAAGGACUUCAACGAGGAUGCGAUCUCGGUUCGUUUGGGCAAAAAAGUGAGCCGCAUGGAAGUUGUCAGUGCCCCGGCCAGUGUCAACCCACAUUGGAAGUCUCAAUGGCGUUGCUGCUGUAUUGAGGAGCCUUUCACCGGCAUGAAUACAGCCCAUUCGAUUUACAACGAGGAAGUGUUCAGUGAGAUCAAGAUGUCUUUCAAAGAAGCAUACGAGACACUCAACGAGACGCACGACCUGAGCAAACUGCUCACCGAGUGCAAGAAGAUCAACGCCAGCCAAGACCUCACCAGCACCGGCUCCACCAUCGUCCACUACCAGAAGAAG